GAUGCCUGCGAGGCAGACAAUUUUGUCACGGAACCUCUAGACAUGUUGCGGGCAUCGCAACUGCCGCUUGCGGCAGAGAAAGUCUCAAGAGCAAUGGCAUCCGAGGGUACCACGAAGUCCAAUCUACCCAACUUCGUUCCAGAAUACCGGGUGAUUCUCAAGGCAUUCAUUCCGAGAUCUUCCUGUACGUGGCGCAUCAAGGAUUUCAUCGAGCACCCUUUGAUCACCCCGCAGGUCACCAUUCCCGAAGGCUCCCGUCUGCUGGAAAUCUCUCCCAGAACAGAAGGGGAGAACUCCACGAUUCCAGCAGAAGCGGACACAAUCUGCACAUUUGGAGUGCCUUGGAGCCCCGGCGAGUUCCUGAAGGAAGCGGCGGGAAGAGGACACCCAGCCGACGCGAUCUCGACAGUGCCUGAACCACUGAAAAGAUCCAUUUGGGAACUUGCGGCUGACGAUCCAUCGGCGGUCGCUGAAAGGCGAGCGUCCUUCUUCCGCAAAUGGAUGUCGGUUGCUUCGGAGCUCUACGAAGAGGAAAAGGCCUUGAAGGACUCGAUGGACGAGGGAGUAAGGUCGGUAGUAAAGGACAAGAAGAUCCUGCUCUUCAAGGAGAUGGUGAACGCAUACGAGCUGAACGAUGCUGAAGCACACAAACUCUUGGAAGAAGGUGUUGACCUUACGGGCGAAAUUCCGAUGUCGAACGACCUGCCCAAGAGGUACACCCCGGCCACGAUCCAUGAGAGCGAGCUCGAAGCUCUUGCUCCGGUCAUCAAGGAUGCAGCGCUCUCAAGGGCUCUUGGAGCCGCGGAGGGCCUAUCCAAGGAAGUGUGGGAGAAGACCAUAACGGAAGUUUCGAGGGGAUGGCUCAAGGGACCCAUGGAGCCUGAUGAUGCCGAUGCGCCCUCGGUCGUGUCUAAUCGCUUUGGGGUUAAGCAGAGGGACAAGGUACGGUGCGUCGACGAUAUGUCGGCUAGUUUGAUAAACGCUACCACCUUCGCGGAGGAAAGGAUAUCUCUUCAUUCCGUAGAUGUCAUGGCUUCCGCUGUGGUUGAGUGGUGCGACGCCAGAGACGCCGCGCAGAGGCCUCGCGACUUGACCGCUAAGAGCUUCGAUCUUAAGUGGGCCUUCAAGCAGAUGGCAGUGUCGGCGAGCUCCAGAGACAGGGCGGGACUAGUCAUCAAGGACCCGUCUGGCUGCCCCAAGGUCUUUACAUCGCUGGCCCUGCCCUUCGGGGCCACUCAGAGUGUAUACGCCUUCAACAGGAUGAGCAGGGCACUGUGGACCCUAGGAGUCGUGGCCCUCAGUCUCAUGUGGACGGUUUUCUUUGACGACUUUUGCCUGUUUUCGGAGCCCGCCCUGGAGCAGAGCUCGGACCUGGCUGCAAGGUCCCUCUUCGAUAUCCUUGGAUGGGUGUAUGACACCUCUGGCGAGAAAAACACGGUCUUCGGUAGGACACUACACGCUCUAGGAGUCAGCGUCAACCUGAGACAUCUCACCAAGGGAUCGCUACUCAUCAGCAACACUGAGGCAAGAAUCAGUGAGCUCGUGAGCGAGCUCUCAAACAUUCUCGACAGGGGAAGAAUAUCGAGAUCCGAGGCCAGGCACAUGGCGGGGCGAAUGAGUUUCGCCGGAGGGCAAAUCUUCGGUCGACUCCCGAAGUCCUGUCUUAAAGUAUUCUACUCCGUUUUGGAACGGAACUCUACCGCAAUUGACGGAAGCAUCUCCGCAGCACUUCGGAUGUACAUUGACAUCGCUCAGUUCGCCCCAGCGAGGACGAUUCUCCUGGGUCAGAGGUUCUUCUCGUACUUCCCUAGCUCAGCUGAGCUUGCUGAGGUGGGAAUAGACCUAGAGUCUAAGUGCAUCUUCUUGCUCGAGUUGGCUGCAGUCUGCUUGGCGUUCAAGGCUUGGGGCGAGGCCCUCAGAGGAAUGAGAGUCGUAUGCUACUGUGAUAAUGAAGGCGCCAAAGCCUGCCUUAUGACUGGAGCAAGCGCUAACAGAGUCGCAAACGACUUGCUGAAGCAUCAAGCCGCAUAUGAGCUCAAGACGGGGACUGUACCCUGGAUCGCGAGAGUCCCGUCAAAAUCGAACAUCGCGGAUGAACCCUCGAGAGUUAGGAUCGAGGCUCUCCCAGACUUUCCCGACGCAGUACGGUCCACGGUAAGCGUCGAUCUUAUAAAAGAUGGGGAAAGUUCUCUCCGCUUUCAGUGA